AUGGGUUCAAAGCAGGCACCAAGGAUCUUGCUGCUUAAAAAUUACCCAUCUACGUCGCCCGUAGACCAUGCAAUGACCGAGUCUUUCCGGAGCAAUAUCAAAGCAUUCCUGCCCGAAGCCCAGCUCGAUGUUUGUGGUAUUGCGAACGGCGAGACCAUCCCGGAUCCAUCAUCCUACGAGCUAGUGAUUCUGAGCGGCGGCUAUGUGAAUCUCCUGGAGGACGAGCAGCCGAAGUGGGUGCUGGACGUGCUCGAGAUGAUACGCCAGAUCGCCGGGGGCAACUUACAGACGAAGUUGCUCGGGAUCUGCUGGGGCCACCAGGCGAUCCAUCGUGCCCUCGGGGGGAGGCUAGCCUGGGUUGGGGAGAAGCAUCGUAAUGGCGUUCAAGACAUCCAACUGUCUCCCGCGGGCCAGAAAUUCUUCCAUCGCAAUAGUCUGCUGCUACACAAAUACCACAUCAGAUACGUGCCAGAGUUGGCUCCUGAUUUCACGACGUUGUCCGAGGACAGCGAGAUCACACUGGCGUCAUUAGGGAAGAUUCUCACAUUCCAAGGCCAGCCAGAGCUGACUUGCGAGAUCUCGAAGACAUUGAUAGAGAAGGCCGGUGGCACGUACGAGCGACGAGAUAGGUCUAAAUUGAGUCGCGAUGGUGUUGUGCUCGACGACAUUUCCACGCCGCAUGACGGAAGCGAGGUGUGGGGUGAGAUCUUGCGGUGGGCUGUCUAA